UGCUUUUAUGCUUUACUUUAUGUACUUUUACGCCUUGUUCCUCUCAUCCUUCUUUACAACGAACAUCAAAUUAACAUUGGUGAGUUCUAAAAUACAAAAGUUUUAACAUACAAAAACCGUGUAGGGAGCAUGAUUUGCUGCUGUGUUAAGUCGGAGAACAACAAGAAGUACGCGGAGCUGGAUGCGAAGCUUGCAAGGAAGAUGGUGGAGAGCCGGAGGAUUUAUCCGGGACACAAGAGUCUAAAGUCUAUGGAUUCAAUAAUCAUGAAGUUUCCUAAGCUAAGAGAAGGAUUAAGAAACAUCAGAAACGUUUUCGAAUCCUACGAUAAUGAUAGUAACGGGACAAUCGAUAUAGAGGAGCUGAAGAAAUGCUUAGAAGAACUACAGCUAAGUUUAUCAGAUGAAGAAGUAAAAGGCUUAUAUGGAUGGUGUGAUGUUGAUGGAAGCAAAGGGAUACAGUUCAAUGAGUUUAUAGUCCUUCUCUGCCUCAUCUAUCUUCUAUCAAAACCUUCCUCUGAAUCCAACGCGGAAUCGAGAGAGAUGGGUCCGAAGUUGGUUGAAUCUAUAUUUGAUCCAAUAGUUGAAGUGUUCUUGUUUUUGGACAAAGAUGGUAAAGGGAAACUGAACAAGGCUGAUGUGAUAAAGACACUGAACAACGAAGACUAUCCUUUAGAGAGAUCUCCUUCACAUGUCACCAACAUGAGAUUUGAAGAAAUGGAUUGGGGAAGAAAAGGGAAAGUGGGUUUUAGAGAGUUUCUAUUUGCUUUCAUGAGUUGGGUUGGUCUUGAUGAUGCAGAUGAUUACUAUAUGAACAGUUAAGAAACAACUUGAACAUUUGGUUUCAUAUGUACAUAUACCUGUACUCUAUUAUUAUCAACAUGAUACUAUAAAGCUUGUCUAAUUCAUUCUUUUUAAAUAACUAUGAUCAUAUGAUCAUCUUUAUAA